CGUGACUGGGACUUGCAACAAAAUAAACCAUGUGCCCAGCUUGUCUGCUGCCCUCUAGUAACUUACCAGGACUGUAUACAGAGGACUGUUAUCAGACAAAGUGCACGACCGUGUCGCUAUCAGUGUAUGAGCAUUGAUCGGAUAUCGCUAUGGCUAUCAUAUUUGCCGUGUGUGUUGCUGCUAUUUGUCUUGGUGCCAUCGUGCCUCCAAAGACUUACGCUGUAGUUGGUGAACGUUCAGUAAAGUCGUCUUCUUCGCGACUCUCCAGUAAAUCAACAGAGUAUGUGUAUGCCGGUUGUUCCCUGAGAGCGAACCCCGUCCAAAAUAUCGACCCUGACAUUAAUAGACCAAUUGAAGGCUAUAUAGAAGCCAGACAACUGAUAAGCGGUGGUGUAGUGGAUAUAACACUUGACUUGUCAGGUUUUAAUUCCAACUCUUCUCAUGGUUUUCAUAUACACACGUUCGGAUAUAUCGAUAGUAGGAGAGGAUGUGGCGCUGCAGGGGGUCAUUUCAAUCCUGGCAAUCGCGCACAUGGUGCCCCGAAAGACGAUGAGCGUCACGUGGGUGAUCUUGGUAAUAUUGAGAGCGAUGAGAAUGGCAAUGUGAAGACUGUUAUUCGUGAUGACGUAGCAUCUCUAAUUGGAACAGAUUCUAUUAUUGGACGAUCAUUUGUCGUGCAUGCUGGUAUAGAUGAUUUAGGUCGUGGAGGAGACGAAGGUAGUCGUACCACUGGUAACGCAGGUGCUCGUUUAGCUUGUUGUACCAUUGGAUUGAUACCAAAGUAUAUUCACGCUGGUUGUUAUUUGAGACCCAAUCCUUCCCUUAAUUCAAACGAUGAGAUAUACAGACCAAUAGAAGGAAGUAUCCAUGUCAAGCAAUUGAGUACUGGCGGUGAAGUCGAAAUUACACUCGACUUGUCAGGCUUUGAUUCCAAUUCACGGCACGCGUUUCACGUGCAUACGUAUGGUUACAUUGAUGCCGUGUCUGGCUGUAAAGCAAUUGGUGGUCAUUAUAAUCCAUAUAGUGAUCGACAUGGUGGUCCAGGGGAACCAGAACGUCAUGUCGGUGAUCUUGGUAACAUUGAAAGCGACGAGAAUGGUAAUGUGAAAACUGUUAUUCGCGAUGACGUGGUGUCGUUAGUUGGUUCCCCUUCCAUAUUGGGUCGCGCAUUUGACGUGCAUGUCGGAGUGGAUGACCUAGGACGGGCAGAUAAUGAGAAAAGUCGUCUAUCUGGCAAUGCUGGUCCCCGCAUAGCUUGUUGUGUUAUUGGGAUGAUACCAGCCCCGUAACGCAACAGAAUACUUACAAAAAUACUUGCAGAAUCUCAAUAAAUUGUAUCUUGAGUAUUGAACGUAUAUAUUGAAUAUCGGCUGUGAUUUUACCACGUUUCUACCAUGUAACAUGUCUUCUGGGAAGUCAUUUUACAAACUUGCGUUUAUAUUAGUGGGAAAUGCAAACUGCUAGGUGCAAUUUUAUUUUAAUAUAAAGAAUCGAGACAACUGUAUAGAACCUGUGAAUAUUUCCCUCUUUACAGUGCGUGAAAAUAACAUGUGUGUAUAUAUGGAGGGGGUGCGCAACGAUACGUAAGUGAUCGUUCACUAAUUUGACAAUGCACUUUGAAAAUUAUUGAAAUUAAACAUUGUUUCAUUAAAACUACUGAAUAUCGAAAAA